AUGCCAAGUUCAAGCAGCGGCUCAUGGGUUCUCUUGUUUGGGCCAGCCCAAGAAACUAAAGCUGCUAAAAACGGCCUACGCACCGAUCCCGAUGCCAGGUUCUGGUCUCAGCCCAUCUUUCAGGAGCUCAGUAGCCAAGUGAGCACUUUGCCAAGUCUCAGCGAAGUGGAUCGAGGGCGACCCAGGCUUUGCUGGUCGCUGGGCCACCGCUUCUGGUUUGGUGAGCUCUCCUUCCACCAUGUCUCGCCACCAGAGACCUACAUCUUCGGCUUCUGUGUGCCCAAGAGCUGCAAUGUCUCCUCAGAUGUGGACCUUCAGAUCGCCAAGCCCUUCCUACGGCGGCUGCUGGCCCACUCCAGCGGGUCGAAUUGGUGUCGCUUGGAAUUGCAGGAGUGGACCGCCGAAGCUCCUCAAUUUGAGGUUUGGCUGCUGGUAUGUGCUCUGCUCUACUUUUGCCUACCUGUGGCAGCCUUCGGGGAGGAACGAAGAUCCCGUGCAGCUUGUUCCUGGCUGCGACUUGUGGCCACAGUGGCACUGGUCGUCUACCACAUGUCCAGCUUCCCAAUCUAUGCGAAGCCUGGAUUGCCACCAGGCCUGCUACACCUGUGCACUUGGCUUUGUGGAAUUCUCCAUGACCCCCUUUUCACUGCCUUAUCAGCCUCGCUGUUGUUGCGUGGAGGGCCGCACUGCUGGAACGUGUACCUCUUGCCGGGCAGGCUUCUGCGGAAGUGGGCGCGGCAACUCCUACCAGGAUUGGCUGCUCGAUCUAUUCUUUGCUAUGGCCUUGCGAGUUACCCUACCGUGCCCUUCUUGCUCAAGGUGCAACCACCGAAGUCGAAACUAUGUCAUGAAGAGGCACUCCGUUGCACUCAUCAUAGCUGCACUCCACUCUGGGGACUAGCGGACCAUCUACUCGCAUUCCCACCAUUGGACUACGCAGGGAACUUUGUUGAGCAGGACAUGGUCCGCUCAGCGUUGCUCAUUCUCGUGGCCUGCUGCUUGGAGGGAGAUCUGAGGUUGUUUCGAUUCUUAGCCCUACUUGGCCUGGCCUGGUUCUGCUGGCCCUUGGGAAGAUCCCUGUCCACCUGCGUGCUAGACGGCCGAGUCCAUGGGCCCUGUGUGCCCUCGCCUUUCACUGCGUACCUGGAUUUGCCUGGAGACAAUGUCGUGGCUUUGGCUGUCCUGCUCUGGCACCUCACGAGGUCCAAGUGGCCCAAGAUGCUUGCCCUUCCAUCGUUUCUGGCGGCGGUGGCCAUGGAGGUCAUGGGCUGCCCAUGGCAAGGUGUCGGGCCUUUGUGGUAUUGUUGCAGCCGUGUGCUGCUUGGUUUGUCAGUGGCCCAGCUCACUGGUGACACAGGCGAGAGCUCACAAGAAGCUCAGCAAAAACAAGUGCCUGUUUCUCCUUGGCUCUGGAAGGCCGACAGGCUUUGCUUUGGGGUUUGUGUGGUCCACAUGCGGGUUAUUGAGGUGCUCUUUGGUUACCUACGACCUCAACUGACCGACUUCUCCUGGCAAAGCUUCGUGAUGGAUGUGGUAGUGGUGCUUUUUGGCUCCUUUCUUCUGGCCAUGCCCCUGCUGCUGGUCACGAGGGUUCCCGAGGCGCUCUUGGGCCUGUGGACGAGGAGCGCGCCUGUGACGCCACGGACCACGGACAAAAGCUGCCAAGACACCGCCGGGGACGAUUUUGCAGAGAUGGCUGACUUGGGAAGUAGACGAGCAGGGACACAUUAUUUCGGGAAGCCAACAUUUUGA